AAAUUUCAGUUUGGAAUCCAACGUCGAGCUGACUUCAACAAUUAAGUGAAUUUUGGUUCUACUGCACUUAAAUUUUUGCUAAAAAAAAUGAGUUCUUCUAAACAUUACGCUAAAGGCUCCCCCAAGCCUGUGCUCCCGGAAGAUGGACUCCUUCGGCUGUACUCCAUGAGGUUCUGUCCCUAUGCCCAGCGUGCCCAUCUCGUCCUUAAUGCCAAGAAUGUGCCCUACCACACGGUGAACAUCAAUCUCACCGAGAAACCUGAGUGGCUAGUGGACUUCAGCCCGCUGCUAAAGGUUCCUGCCCUGCAGGUGGUGGAGGAGAAGGAUCAGCCCUCUCUUAUCGAGUCGCUGAUAAUCUCCGAGUAUUUAGAUGACAAGUACCCGGAGUAUCCGCUCCUGCCCAAGGAUCCCUUGAAGCGGGCCCAGGACAAGAUCCUGCUGGAACGCUUCAGCGGCAUCACCAAUGCCUUCGUGAAGAUCCUGCUGGAGGGCACUGGUCUGGAGGAUUACUGGGUGGCGCUGGACAUCUUUGAGAAGGAGUUGACCAAGCGGGGCACCGCCUUCUUUGGCGGCGACAAGCCCGGUUUCGUGGACUACAUGAUCUGGCCCUGGUUCGAGCGCCUGUCUGUGAUUGAGUAUAGGCUUCCUGAGGAGUAUAACUUCGACGAGAAGCGCUUCCCCAAGAUUACUAAGUGGAUUGCCGAUCUGAAGGCGGAUUCGGUGGUCAAGUCCUUCAUUGCCACUCCUGAGCAGCACAAUGAGUUCUGGCGGACCCGCAAGGCCGGCAAUCCCAACUACGAUCUGCUGGCUUAGAUCAGUACUUACAAUUAAUUUUAAAAAAA